UAGGAGGCGCUCAUCCGCGCAGAGCUCAUGUGUCUGCUCCGAGCGCUCGCUCUUUACAGCACGUUGUCUGCGCGGCCUCGACUUCCUUUUCUGUGCUGGUUUCAUGGCGAGUGAUAGCGGGGAAGAGUUGAUUCAGCUCCCGUGACCACACCGAGCCUCCAGAGACGCUUUCUCCCGCUGCCAUUAUUACGACCGUGACGUCAGCGGAGUAUUUGGUUGGCUUUGACGUCAUCAGGUGUUUUUAAGGAUUUGGGUGUUUUCUGGACUGAACUGUGUGCUGUGCCCCCUCUUUCGUCGUCUCGUGGCCGUAGCUGGUCUUGCUGAAGAACUGCCAGUCGAUGGCUCUGAUGGACAAACACAAAGUGAAGCGGCAGAGACUGGACCGCAUCUGUGAAGGCAUUCGACCACCCAUCCUCAAUGGCCCCAUGCACCCUCGUCCUCUGGUGGCGCUGCUGGAUGGCCGGGACUGUACGGUGGAGAUGCCCAUCCUGAAGGACGUGGCCACCGUGGCCUUCUGUGAUGCCCAGUCCACCCAGGAGAUCCACGAGAAGGUCUUAAAUGAGGCUGUUGCAGCUUUGCUCUACCACACCAUCACGCUCUCGCGAGACGACCUGGACAAGUUCAAAGGUCUUCGGGUCAUUGUGAGGAUUGGCAGUGGAUUUGACAAUGUGGAUAUUAAAGCUGCAGCAGAGCUGGGUAUAGCAGUGUGUAAUGUGCCAGCCGCGUCUGUGGAGGAGACGGCAGACACCGCCAUGUGUCUAAUUCUGAAUCUGUACCGCCGCGUCACCUGGAUGCAUCAGGCUCUGCGCGAGGGCACACGUGCCUCCAGCGUGGAGCAGAUCCGGGAGGUGGCCGGAGGGGCAGCACGUAUUCGAGGGGAAACAUUGGGCAUCAUUGGACUGGGGCGCAUUGGCCAAGCAGUUGCUCUGAGGGCGAAGGCCUUUGGGUAUGGAGUGAUCUUCUAUGACCCAUACCUUCCUGAUGGGGUGGAGCGAUCACUAGGACUCCAGCGCAUGGCCACACUACAGGACCUGCUCAUCCACUCGGACUGUGUGUCGCUACACUGCAGCCUCAACGAGCACAACCACCACCUCAUCAACGACUUCACCAUCAAACAGAUGCGUCAGGGCGCCUUCCUCGUGAACACGGCGCGUGGAGGUCUGGUGGAUGAGAAGGCUCUGGCCCAGGCUCUGAAAGAGGGCAGAAUACGGGGAGCAGCCCUGGACGUCCAUGAGACCGAGCCCUUCAGUUUCUCUCAGGGCCCACUGAAGGACGCCCCAAAUCUUAUCUGUACCCCACACACAUCCUGGUACAGUGAACAGGCCUCCAUUGAGGCCAGAGAGGAGGCGGCGCGGGAGGUGCGCAGAGCCAUCACAGGUCGUAUCCCAGACACUCUGAAGAACUGCGUGAAUAAGGAGUAUUUGAUGGCAGCCUCUCAGUGGCCGUCUAUGGAGGCCACCACCGUUCACUCUGAACUCAACGGAGCUGCAGCCUAUAGGUUCCCAGCAGGGCUGAUUGGUGUAGCAGCGGGCGGGCUGCCUGGAGCCGGGGCAGGAGUGGAGGGCAUUGUGGCUGGAUCUCUGCCUCUGGCCCACAGCAUCGCCCCGGUCUCACACCCACCUCAUACCCCGUCGCCCGGGCAGCCAUCCAAGGCCGAGGCGGACAGAGACAUCCCCUCCGACCAAUAGCAUCCCAGCACAUUCCAUCUUUGCCCUGAUCGAUGCCCUUUCACCUCACCCGGGGGGACUGACGCUCCUGCUUUCGAUGUGACCUUGGGUCACCCCAGUCCAACAGAACAUGUGUACAAACACAGGGGGGAAACCCUGUACCCCGAACGUACCCCUCAUUUCCACUCGCUGUCUCCUCUGUUGAUCACUUUGGCAGAAAGCAAUAACUUCUCUCAAGGAUUCAAUAAUUGGGUUGAUACACACUAUUUCUAAGCUACGAAAUCCCAGCUCCUUUGCUUUGCAUCUACUCUGGACUAGUUGGAGUUUGUUUCUGAGUAGUGUUUCUUACAUUUCUGUUCUUUUCUUAUCUGUUUUAACAGCUUGGAAAUAAACACAUGGACUUUG